GGAGAAGAUGAGUUGGUAGAGGAGGAGAAAGACUCACAUGCUGGCAGCACAAUUUCCUUGCUUCCCGCUCAAGUUUUGAGGAUCCGCUCCUUAUCCAACUUGGUGGAUGUACAUGUUUCUUUGCCUUCCAAGAGUGAGUGAAGAAAUGAUCCAUUACCAAGCUAAUCGACCUGCCAAUUCUCUAAUUCCUUAGAUUUUGACUUUGUUGAAGAGACGGGUAAGGAUCAAGCUUCUUUUUGAACGUAUGUCCUUUGAGAUUUGAGUUAAACAAGCUGAUCUUAGAAAGCA